AUGGUCGAAUCCGUGCGCGUAAUGGACAAUUCGCAAGCAGCAAGGUCGGAGUGCGCUGAGGUGACCGUGUCGACGCUCUCCAAGGCUAUCGUGGCAGCGCUGGAGGAUGAGAGUGUGGCAGGCGUGCAGCGCUUCCCUGAGAUGGAGGAGCUGGAGACGAGGAUCGACUGA